AUGUUCUCGUCGGCGCUCAAAUCGCUAAGCUCCAACAUCACGGCAAACUACCAGUUCUCUCCGCAUCCUACCGUGGUUUCUGGUCCCUGGAAGAUUCACGAUGGCAAAAAGAAAUCUACGGGCACCGCUGCGUCUAUUUUUAUAUUCGACAAAAAGGUCCUUGAGCCUCGAUCCGGCGGACUGGGAGGUCGGUCCGGAGCCUCGAUCAAAAAGUUGCAUGAGGAAGUUGUCGAACGCCUAAAGCGUGAAGCUGGAAAUCUCGCUCGUCUGAGGCACCCUUCGAUUUUGCAAGUACUCGAGCCUGUCGAGGAGACUCGCAAUGGCGGUCUCAUGUUCGCAACCGAGCGAAUCACUGCCUCGCUUGCCGGACUUCUGCAGGACAAAGAUUCGCAGGAGAACAAUGGAAGGACAGGCUCGAGGCCUUCGCAAUACAUGGUCGAAGAGCCUGACGGCUCGCGGAGGCGGAGGGACAGGGACAUUGAUGAGUUAGAGAUACAGAAAGGACUACUUCAAGUCUCCAAAGGGUUGGAGUUCCUUCAUGAAUCUGCUGGUUUAGUUCAUGGCAACCUCAAUCCAGAAGCCAUCUUCAUUAACGCCAAAUCUGACUGGAAGAUCUCGGGCCUGGGCUUUGCUGGUCCCUCAGACAGAUCAAAUUCUAAGUCUGCCCUCCCUCCUCUGGCCCUGUCCGAGGUUUUGUAUCAGGACCCGCGUCUUCCGCCGUCUGUUCAAUUGAAUCUAGACUACACUUCGCCUGAUUUUGCUCUGGACUCCAAUGUCAACCCUUCGGCUGAUUUGUUCUCCCUUGGACUUAUAAUUAUAGCCCUUUACAAUUCGCCUCAUACCUCCCCUCUGAAAUCUCACGGCAGCUUGGACGCUUUCAAGCGGCUGCUCACUUCAUCGUCCUCGACACCCUCUCAAAGCAACAACUUUCUCUGUUCGGGGUCGAUUCCAAAGGAUGUUCUUGGGCACGUUCUGCCCAGGCUCAUCACCAGAAGGCCCGCCCAGCGUCUCACUGCUCGAGAGUUCCAGCAAUCUCAGUAUUUCGAUAAUAUAUUAGUAUCGACUAUCCGGUUCUUAGAGUCAUUGCCGGCCAAGAACCCAAAUGAAAAAGCGCAGUUCAUGCGUGGCUUGCAACGGGUAUUACCGGAGUUCCCUGCUUCGGUUCUGGAGAGAAAGCUUUUGAUGGCCUUGCUGGACGAACUUAAAGACCGUGAACUUCUUUCUCUAAUUCUGCAAAAUGUCUUUGGCAUUUUGCAGCGCAUUCCCAACGCGCGCCGUAUUCUUCCUGAAAAAGUGAUUCCGCUACUCAAAGAGGUCUUUCCAGUAGGCAAAGGUGUCCCACAGGAACGGGAUUCGAAACAAGAUGCAGGACUUCUGGUGGUUCUUGAGAAUAUGAAUGUCAUCGCUGAGAACUGCCCUGGAAAGGAGUUCAAAGAAGACGUCUUGCCUUUAAUCCGCUUGGGACUCGAUUUCCCUACUCAUACCCUAGUGGAUGCCGCCAUUAAGUGUUUACCCGUUAUUCUCCCUGUGCUUGAUUUUAGUACCGUGAAAAACGAGAUUUUCCCUCCGAUUGCAUCUACUUUCAGCCGUACGAAUAGCCUUGCCGUCAAGGUUCGCUGUCUAGAAGCAUUUACUGUACUUUGUGGUGGCUCCGUGGAUCAAAAAGACCAUGAUGACGACCUGACCGGUAUUACCGAGAAGAGCAAACCGCAGCCUACAAAGUCCUCGAUCCUGGAUAAGUACACAAUUCAAGAGAAGCUCAUCCCCUCUCUAAAGGCUAUCAAAACGAAAGAGCCAGCUGUCAUGAUGGCGGCUCUUAACGUGUUUCGGCAGGUCCAAAAAAUUGCUGAUUCCGACUUUCUUGCCUUGGAAGUUCUUCCCGUUCUUUGGAGCUUUAGUCUUGGGCCCCUUCUCGAUUCGGGUCAAUUUGGUGAAUUUAUGGCCCUGGUCAAAAGUAUUUCAUCAAAGGUCGAGCGUGAGCAGAUGAAGAAACUUCAAGAGUUGUCUUCAAACUCAUCUGGGUUUCGAAAUGGGACAAUAUCCGCUUCGAGAGGCUCAAGUAGCCUUGCACAGUCUGAGACAGAAUCCACAAGGGAUGCCUUCGACCGUUUGGUGCUUGGCCGAGGUGCGACGGCAUCAAGUGACCAUGGUCAAGACAUCUGGGGCGAGCUGGUUUCAGAUGCACCGGCUGUGCGAUCCACUACCUCGCCAUCAAACUCCACUACAUUCCCUUGGUCGACCACGACCGCCAGUCCUGCUGCCAUACAGCCCAGCUUGACCGCCCGCUCAGUUACUCCUGAUACCAAGUUGAAUGCGUUCCCUACAUUGCAGCCCGCUGGGAUACGAAGCUUCUCCCCUGCGUCAGCAUCUCCAGCUUUACAGCCAUCUGCCCUGAAUUCUUGGAGCAUGUCGAAUACCCCCGGUCAUCAAUUUCGGACCUCGGGUCCGAGUCCCUCUCUUUCGUCGCUCGCCAGUAUGAACUCGUCCAGCACCUCGUCAGCAAGACCAAACAUACAGAAAACGCCAAACUACUCUGCAUUCUCAAUACCUCCUCCACCUGCUACACAAGCUCCCCCUGCAUUUGCGAACAGUCAGCCCUCACUUGGUGCUGUUGCCCAAACUUCCCCGUUCUUCAGUAACGGCGCACUGCACCCACAACAAGGGACCCAGAAACAAGGGCUUGACAAAUACCAGAGCCUGAUAUGA